AUGCUGAAAAAGAUGUUCUCGCCAGAUUAUGUUGCAAACUCAAUAACCGAAUUUAAGUAUGAACCAGACGAGGGAGUUACCUUCGAGGCGUACUAUAGAAGAUAUGAACAGAUCUUCAAUAAAGAGUGCAAAGAUUGGGAUGAAGAUAUGAAAACGCAUCUAAUCUUAAGAAAACUCGCAGGAGAAUACGAGCAUUACAGCAAUUACGUACUCCCGAAAAAACCUUCUGACAUAAACUACAGAAACACAAUAGACAUAUUGUGUAAAAUUUUUAGCGAGAAAAGCUCGUUUUUCAAUACAUGCAGGAAAUGUCUGAACUUAGAAAAGAACAACGAGGAGGACUACAUCACAUACGCUAGUAGAGUUAACAGAGAAUUUGUAAGGUUCAAACUGGACGAGUUAACGCCAGACAUGUUCAAGUGCCUGAUAUUUACUCAGGGACUAACUGCAGAAAAAGACGCAAAGGUAAGAACAAGAAUUCUCGUUAAACUGGAAGAAAACCAAGUUGUAACCUUACAAUUGUCAGAAGAAUGUGAAAGAAUAGUAAAGCACGACAUAGAGAAAAUUGAACAUAAAGACUGCUCCCGAGUGAAACAAGAUGUCGUCGAAAGGAAAUGGUAA